UCCACCCCUCACUUUCUGCCCGCUGCCCGUCGAGUGGACUGCGUUCCCGCCUGCUUGGCAGGGGGGAGGACGCGCGGUGGCGGCGGCGUCACAUCCGGGCGGGUGAGUGAGUUCCGGUAUUUCAGGGCGGAGCAGGCGGAAGUAGGGUGAAAAGCGGCUACAACGCCGAGCGGAGGAGGUAGGAACCUGAUUUCCAGAAGCAGCUGGGUAGGCACCAUGGCCGGGAACACCACCAUCGAGGCGGUAAAGCGCAAGAUUCAGGUUCUGCAGCAGCAGGCUGAUGAUGCAGAGGAGAGGGCCGAGCGCCUCCAGCGGGAAGUGGAGGGAGAAAGGCGGGCCCGGGAGCAGGCUGAAGCUGAGGUGGCCUCCUUGAACCGCAGGAUCCAGCUGGUUGAAGAGGAGCUGGACCGUGCCCAGGAGCGCCUUGCCACUGCUUUGCAGAAGCUAGAGGAAGCGGAAAAGGCUGCUGAUGAGAGUGAGAGAGGUAUGAAGGUGAUUGAAAAUCGGGCUCUAAAAGAUGAAGAAAAGAUGGAACUCCAGGAAAUCCAGCUAAAGGAAGCAAAGCACAUUGCAGAAGAGGCAGAUCGGAAGUAUGAAGAGGUGGCUCGUAAGUUGGUGAUUAUCGAAGGAGACUUGGAACGUACGGAAGAACGCGCCGAGCUGGCAGAGUCUAAGUGUUCUGAGCUGGAGGAGGAGCUGAAGAAUGUCACCAACAACCUCAAGUCUCUUGAGGCUCAGGCGGAGAAGUACUCUCAAAAAGAAGACAAGUAUGAAGAAGAAAUAAAGAUUCUUACUGAUAAACUCAAGGAGGCAGAGACCCGUGCUGAGUUUGCUGAAAGAUCGGUAGCCAAGCUGGAAAAGACCAUUGAUGACUUGGAAGAGCGUCUCUACAGCCAACUUGAGCGAAACCGCCUGCUUUCUAAUGAGCUGAAGCUAACGCUGCAUGGUCUUUGUGACUGACGGGCAGGGCUCCCUGAUGCCCAGUAAACCCACACCACUGACCUGGACCCAGCAAAAAGCUGAUUGCCUUUUUAAAAGUUACUGUUCGCCCUAAGCAAGUUGCUUUUUAAUAGGGCAGCUAGACUACUGUUGAUAUCCUUGGCAGCCCCGUCACGCUUCGCUGCGGUGGCUAUUUCUAUUCUAGAAAGAUUGUGGGUGAUGAAGAAGGGGCCUGGGAGAUUUAGUGUGGGACUUGGAAACCGUUAGCUGCAGCCCUCUCACCUGGACACUUGACUGUAGGGUUUGCUUUCCUGCAUGGAUAUUUUCUAACAAUAAAAACACUGACUUGACAAGAUGUUGUAACUGCUUCAUCUGCAGGCCCUGAGAUGGGCUCUUCUGAUUGGGUGGAAACAGGGAUGGGCAAGAAGGGUGUAUAGCAUGAAAAUGGGCCUGAUUUGCGCGUUUUCUUCCCUUCCCUGAAGCUCCGUGGUUUAUUUGCUAAACAGGUUAAUACUUGGUGUCCUACCACUAGCUUUCUUCCUGAUAAUUUUCCUUCUUGCUGCUUUUGUGUCUGGGUCGUCUCUGUUGAUAACUCUGCUAAAAUCUCAGUGGGGCUUUACUUACAAGAAUGCGUCUGGAUAGUAUUCUUGUCUUAAACCUGAGGACUCCUGACCUCUCCACUUUGAAGAAAGUACCUAUUGUAGGAGGAUCCUGUGCUCUUUACUUGAGAUUUUGAUCUUUGUCCUUGUCUGCCAUGGUCACACUCUACUGUGGCAUUUCAAGUAGGUAAUGACCUGUGGACAGAGCCAAAGAGUGGGUGGGUACUUGAGGCUUUCAACCGGAUCCUUUUGAGACUGAAAGCUGAAUGUCUUUUGGUUGCCUGUGGGAGGGAGAGGAAAUGGCAGAUAAGCCCAGCUCCCUCCCCCAGGUAGGAAAGAAACUCUUAGAGACCCCACAGGACCCAGGGUUUUAGUAGCUGCAUUUUGUUACCUUCCCUGCACCUGGAGCAAAUCUCAGAAUGGGGAGAACUUGGUACUUUCUGUAACUUCUCUUCUUUAUUCCCACUAGAUAAGCUGAAGUGCACCAAAGAGGAGCAUCUCUGUACACAAAGGAUGCUGGACCAGACCCUGCUGGACCUGAACGAGAUGUAGACCUCCCCCAUCCCUGCCCUGCGGCCUCUUCUCCCUCUGACCUUGACUCCGCCUGAGGCCAGCCUCCCAGAAGCUGACCUUGAAACUGAGGGCUGAUCUUUUUAACUGAAGGCUGCUUUCCCUCCCGCCACCCCCUCUACCCCUCUUGUCUUUUUCACAAAACUGUGUCAGCCUCUUCCCAGAGUUCCAGCUGGAGGGGCUGAACACCUUUGGGAACAAUAUUUAAGGGAAUGUGAGCACAACGCAAAGUGUCCUCAAUGCAGUUGUGAUAUGCACAUUUGAUUACUUUUUAUCUUAGCAACCAUUUUUAACAUUCCAAGCACUUCUGCAGCUUGGAGCAGCACAUGUUAGCCUAAUGGAUACUGUCUCGCCAUGGAGGAGAAACACAGGAAUGGGCCUGCCUUCCUGAGAGCCAGCAGAACCUAGGCAGGCUCCACUGUGGGAGACCUCAGUGCUCUGCACCUCGUCUUAGCCAAACAAAGGGGAUUCUAGGAAGUUAGCCAAAACCAAAAAACUCUUCUGGGCUGUGAAGGGUUUCAGCUUUGGUAUCUUUGAACAACUUUUACACUUAUUUUAUUUUUUACUUUUUCCAUCAGAUGUGACCAAAUAAGGUAGUGAGACGUCUGAGACUGCCCCACCUCCCAGGGCCUUAUGCAUGUCAGGCAAGGGUUUGACCCCAGCCUUGAGCCCAAACUUGUCUCAGCUCCACCCCUUCCCCAACUGCUCAAAAAUGGAUCAUGCUGCCCCUUAGUGUUGUGGUGACCUCUUAGUGUUCACCUGCCCCCAAGGGAGACAGAGAAGCAAAAUUAUGUUUAUGCCACUGAUUUAGCCACAUGAAAGUCAUCUCAUUGCCUUUUCCUGAAGCUGCUGUCUCUAAAGUGCCAUCUAAUUGUGCGUUGUAUCAGUCAGUGCUGGAGAAAUCUUGAAUAGCUUAUGUAAAAAAAAAAAAAAAAAAAAAAGAACUUUUUAAAUUUUAUAUUAUUUUGAAAUUUUGUGUUUGGGGGGUUGGGUUACCUUGGCCAACCCAUUGGCUGUGAGAAUUCUUUGCAGUCUGUGGGCUAGUGGUGUGCUGAUCUUUCAAGUGUCCCCACCCAAUUGCCAUGUUCAGGUGGUUUCUUCUCAGCCUGUUAGGUGGGCACCCUGCAGAUUCCUGGCUUGUUUGUACUCUCCUCCGACUGGAGAAAGAGAACCUUGUAGUGCAACUGUUUUGAUACUGAAUAUUGACAAGUAACAUUUUGAAAUAAAGAACCAGUCCCUCCACAAUCA